AUGUUGACCAAGUUCGAAUCGAAAUCAGCCCGGGUCAAGGGCUUGGCGUUUCACCCUGCUCGACCCUGGGUGUGCGCAUCCUUGCACAAUGGAGUAAUUCAACUAUGGGAUUACCGUGUUGGCACCGUAAUUGACCGAUUCGAAGAGCACGAUGGACCAGUCCGUGGCGUUGAUUUCCAUGUUUCAGAGCCCUUGAUUGUGUCUGGAGGUGACGAUUACAAGAUCAAAGUUUGGGAUUACAAAUUGAAAAGAUGUCUCUUUACACUUCUGGGACAUUUGGAUUAUAUUAGAACAGUACAAUUCCACCCAAAUCCUUCCCAAUUUCCCUGGAUUUUGAGUGCUAGUGAUGACCAAACACUUCGACUUUGGGAUUUCCACAAGAGAAGUUGCUUGAGCGUUUUGACCGGUCACAACCACUAUGUGAUGUGCGCUUCAUUUCAUCCCUCUGAAGACCUUAUUGUUAGUGCCUCUCUUGAUCAAACAGUUCGCGUUUGGGAUACAACAGGGCUUCGAAAGAAGCAAAUGGGAGAAACAAUGAUGGAUCCAAUGGCUGCACGUGCGGCUACCAGUUCUGCUGCCAUGAACGUCCAAGCAGAGCUUUUCGGAACCAAUGAUGUCGUGGUGAAAUACGUUUUGGAGGGUCACGAUCGUGGAGUCAACUGGGCUUGCUUCCACCCAACCCUUCCUCUCCUUGCCAGUGCGGCCGAUGAUCGUCAAGUCAAGCUUUGGAGAAUGAGCGAAACAAAGGCUUGGGAGGUAGACACGCUCCGAGGACACGCCAACAAUGUCAGUAGUUGUUUGUUCCACCCCAAGCACGACUUAGUCAUCAGUAAUAGUGAAGAUCGCAGCAUUCGUGUCUGGGAUGUUUCCAAGCGUGUUGGAGUUCAAACAUUUAGAAGAGAAGGCGACCGCUUUUGGAUCCUUGCUGCCCACCGAUCACAAAACUUGUUGGCUGCUGGACACGACAGCGGUAUGAUCGUCUUCAAGCUUGAACGUGAACGUCCUGCUUCUGCUCAUGGACCAAGUAACCAACUAUAUUAUGUCCGUGGCAGAGAACUAUUCAUGCACGACUAUGGACGCGCUCAAGGAGGAGUCGAUGUUCCAAUUGCAAGUCUCCGACGAGUCGGACAACAGGCACAAACUGAUGGUAUUGGGUCCGCUCCACGACACUUGGCAUACAACCAGUACAAUCCUGCUGAAGGAAAUAUCUUGGUUUGCAGCGACAUCGAUGGUGGUAGCUAUGAAUUGAUCACCUUCUCUUUAAACAAUGCUGGAAACAGCGUCACCGAUGGAAAGCGCGGAUCGUGCAUGGGACCUGCCGUCUUCUUGGGACGAAAUAGAUUUGCUGCCUUGGAUCGUCACCAACGACAGAUCAUUGUGAAAAACUUGCAAAACGAGACCACCAAGCGCGUCCAACCUCCAGUCGCGAAUGUUGAAGGUUUGUUCGAUGGAGGUACCAGUGGUCGUCUCCUAUUGAAGGCCGAGGACCGAGCGAUCCUCUUUGAAGUACAAUCUCGUCGUGUUUUGGGAGAAAUUACUGCACCAAAGAUCAAGACUGUCGUUUGGUCCCCUGAUGGUUCCAAGGUUGCCAUUGUUUGCAAGUAUGGUGUUGUCAUUGCCGAUCGUCAGUUGGAGCAACUCUGCAGCAUCUCUGACAAUGUCAGAAUCAAGUCUGGAGCUUGGGAUGUCAGUCCUACCGGAGGAACCGCUUCUCAACUCUUCUUGUACACCACUUUGAACCAUGUGAAGUACUGUUUACCUUCUGGAGAUACUGGAACUAUCCGCACACUGGACACGCCUCUCUAUGCCAUGCGCGCGGUAAAGGAUCAACUAUUCUGCUUGGAUCGCGAAGCACGAGCUCGGGUUCUUUCAAUUGAUACCACCGAAGCUCGCUUCAAGCUCGCUUUGGCGAACAAGAAGUACGGCCAAGUUAUGCACAUGGUCAAAAAUAGCCGUUUGUGUGGCCGUGCCAUCGUUGCAUACUUGCAAUCCAAGGGAUUCCCGGAGGUUGCGCUCCACUUUGUGCAGGAGCCAAAGACUAGAUUCCGUUUGGCACUUGCAUGCGGUGACAUUGAAGCUGCCAUGGAAGCUGCUUUUGCAUUGGAACAGCAAUCCGAAUCUGGUCGUGAAAUCUGGGGACAACUUGGAAGUGAAGCUCUUCGACAAGGAAACCACCAAGUGGUCGAGAUGUCUUAUCAACGAACAAAGGACUUCGACCGUCUCUCCUUCUUGUACUGUAUCACUGGAGACACGGAUAAGCUUCGCAAGAUGUUGAAGAUUUCGCAAAUGCGUGGCGAUAUCAUGGGACGCUACCACAAUGCUUUGCUUCUCGGAGAUGCUGCGGAACGUGUUUCUGUUCUAGAAGCAAGUGGCAAUCUGCCCCUCGCCUAUAUGUGCGCUCGCCUCCAUGGUCUUACUGAGGAAGCUGAACGCGUCAAGGUUGCCAUCGAAACCAACGAGGGAGAUAUGGAGAGUCUGAUCGCCAAAGUUGAAGCCUGCGAAGCCGCUAACGACAAGUCCGCCGCCAAGCUUCUUCAACCCCCAACACCCAUCUUCCGUGCCGAAAACUGGCCAACUCUUGAAAUUCCAAAGUCUGCCCUUGCCGAUUUGACAGCAGCCGUUCCAGAAGACCCAGAGGAGGACCGUACCGAUACUCUUCAUGUCGCACCUGCCGCAUCCUCUGCAGAGUGGGACGACGACAUGGACGCUGGAUUCGGAGAUGAUGCUGGCCCAAGUGCCAACCUUGCCGCCGACGAUGAUGACUUUGACUUUGGAGGUGGUGAUGACUGGGGUGAUGAGGAUUUGGGUGAUCUUGGUGAUGACUUUGGUGAUGCCGAGGUGGAGACUGAAGAUGAAAUGGGAGCUAUCUCCGAUGACACAGGAUUCCAAAUGCCUGCAUCUGGACGUCUUCCAGCCAGUUGCUGGGUUUCCAAUAGCUCGCAUGCUUCGGAUCAUGUAGCUGCUGGAGGAAUGGCAUCUGCCUUGCAAUUGUUGAACCGUCAAAUUGCAGCUUCUGACUUCUCUGUGCUCAAGGAUUCGUUGAUGGGAUGCUACCUCGGUUCCAUGAUCAGUGUUCCAGGUAUUCCAGGAAGUGGAAACAUGGCAAUGCCACUGUUGCGAAAUGACUCUGCUGGACACCCUGGUCCAGAAUCGCUGCCACGAACCUACCUCACAGCAAAGGACUUGGUAACAGCCAUUCGCAAUGGAUACAAAUUCUUUCAGGGAGGAAAGUUCAACGAUUCCCGAGCAACCUUCCUCGAUGUCUUGCACAAGAUCCCAGUUGUUGUUGCUACUACUCCUCAAGAGCAAAAUGAAGUCAAGGAAAUGGUAACCAUCGCCCGAGAGUACAUAACUGCUAUCCGUAUCAAGGGAGCCAUGUCAGAAGCUGGAUCAGACCCUGUUCGUUCGACUGAACUUGCUGCCUACUUUACGCACUGCAAUCUGCAGCCAAUACACUUGUUGUUGACUUUGAGAACAGCCAUGGGUGCAGCAUUCAAACACAAGAACUACAUCACCGCCGCUAGCUUUGCCAGAAGGUUGCUGGAGCUUCCUGACAUUAGCAACCAACGAAAUGCUGAACUCAAGUCCAAGGCAAUGAAGGUUCGCCAAAAGAGUGAACAAAUGGCCCGGAAUGAACAUCAAUUGAACUACGACGAUACCAAGAGCUUCGUAAUUGACUGCCAUGCAUUCGCCCCAAUAUACCAAAAUCAGCCAUCUUCUCUAUGCCCAUACUGUGGUUCUCACUAUGCGGAGAACACCAUGACCAACAGUAUCUGCGACAACUGUGGUUUGUGUAUAGUCGGUGUCAAUACCCUUGGUCUAGUCACUGGUUAA